AUGUCUUCUUCUAACCCCCUCCUCUUCCUCCUUCUCUUCUCAAGUACUCCUCUUGUUUUUACACUCUUUUUCUUAUCCUUUUUUCUCCUCUUCGUCUUUUUUACGUUAUUUUUCGUCUUCGCUGCUAUCUUUUUAUUCUUGAACUUUCCUUUCUUCCUUUCUUUUCUUUAUUGGGUUAUUCUAAUCGUAAGCUUUCUUUUCCAUUUUCUUUCUCACUUUUUCAUCUUCUUUUCUCACACUAGCUAUUCUUUAUCCUUCGUUUCUUUCUUUCUUUCUUUCUUUCUUUCUUUCUUUGUUCAAGGCAAUUUUUUACUCAUUUCUACCCAUUAUUUUAUUCAUUCUUUCUUUCUUUCUUUUUUCUUUCUUUCUUUCUUUUCUUGUUUUAUAUUUUUCUUCGUCUUGUUUUCAUCUCCACUGAUUAUUUGUAAUCUCUUUUCUUUCUUUCUUUCUUUCUUUCUUUCUUUCUUUUGUUUUCCCUCAUCUCUACUCAUUAUUUUUAUUCUCUUUCUUUCUUUCUUUCUUUCUUUUUCCUCGUUUAUCUUUUUCAUCGUCUUGCUUUCAUCUCCACUCAUUAUUUGUAUUCUCUUUCUUUCUUUUUCUUUUUCUUUCUUUCUUUCUUUCUUUCUUUCUUUCUUUCUUUUUUAUCUUUUUCAUCGUCUUGCUUUCAUCUCCACAUAUUAUUUGUAUUUUCUUUUUCUUUCUUUCUUUCUUUCUUUCUUUCUUGUUUAUCUUUUCAUCGUCUUGCUUUCAUCUCCACACAUUAUUUGUAUUUUCUUUUUCUUUCUUUCUUUCUUUCUUUUCUUUCUUUCUUUCUUUUUCUUUUCAUUCUUGCUUUCAUCUCCACACAUUAUUUGUAUUUUCUUUUUCUUUCUUUCUUUCUUUCUUUCUUUCUUUCUUUCCCCUGUUUUAUCUUUAUUCUUCAUUUCUCUACUCAUUAUUUUUAUUCUCUUACUUUCUUUUCUUUCUUUUGUUUUCCUCCUCUGCUGCCGAGAGACUCAUCGGAUUUUGUUUUUCUUACUUUAUGUUCAGCUCGUGAGCCGAUAG